AUGUUGAGGAAGAUGGCGAUAGACUACGCAAACAAACUAUGUCUCGCGCCCAUGGUGCGAAGCGGAGAACUACCGAUGAGACUCCUAGCACUCAAAUACGGAUGCGACCUCGUGUGGUCACCAGAACUAAUCGAUCGCAAAUUGAUCCAGACCCAACGCAUAGUAAACCACGAACUCAACACGGUUGACUUUGUAGUUGCCAACAAGAAGAACCCCGAGCGCAACGAAGUCGUAUUCCGCACCCACCCGAAACUGGAACAAGGCAAGCUCAUAUUGCAACUAGGCUCAAAUUCGCCGGAGAUAGCCGCACAAGCGGCAGAAUUAGUCAUCGAGGACGUAGACGGCAUCGAUUUGAACUGCGGGUGCCCUAAGCUGUUUUCGACUCACGGUGGCAUGGGCGCAGAGUUGCUCAAGACCCCCGACCUACUCUGCUCGAUCCUCGUUGCGCUAGUGGAAAACGUGGGACGCAAGCACCACAAGCCCAUCAGCUGCAAGAUCCGACUAUUGCCCAAUUUCGAAGCUUCCAAGCUGUUGAUUGAAAAAAUAUGCGCCACGGGGAUAUCCAACGUCACGAUCCAUUGCCGCACUCCCAUCAUGCGCAACAGACAAGACCCCAUCUGGAAUUACUUACCCAAGUUGAUCCCCAUUAUAAAGUCGCAUGGAAUCAGCGUGGUUCUAAAUGGCAAUUUCCAAGGCGUGGCUGAUCUAAAAGCUAUUCAAAGGGCAAUGGGCGAUGAGAGCUUAAGCAUCAUGUUGGCGGAAGCAGCAGAAACCAACGCAUCGGUAUUUUCCCAGGUCCCGAGAACGCAAGCUGAGAUGAUUGUCGAGUUGUUCGAGUUGGGGAAAAAAUACCAUUGGUACUCGGGGACAAAGUAUAUGAUUGCAAACAUGACGCCUGGCAAGUCUGCCUAUUUCCAGCGAUUUACCCAGCUGAAGAACUUUGACCAGAUGCAACUCGUGGUGGAUGAGUUGAAAGAGCGCACGGGGUCGGAGGAUCGUGUGUGCAAAAUCAUGACCAAGAAUUGCCAACGGCCGCACUUGCAUACACCUGCCGAGCACGCGGAGAUGAUGCAUUCGCGCGGUUUACAGAUGAGCCGGUACUUUAAAGAGUGGGAUGAAAGUGUCAUGUUGAGGGAUUUGAAUGAUGCCGUUACACCUAGACUUGAUGAGCAGCAACAUCGCAACAAGGGUCGUAAUAAUAAUAAGAAGAAACUGAAGCUGAAGCUGAAGGAAGGGGCUCAAGAGGAUACUGGUGGUAGUAGCAAAAGGACAAUAGAAACACCGCCGACGUCAGAAGAAGAAGUCAAGAGACAAAAGUAUGAAGCUGUGCCCGUUUACUCUGUAUGA